AUGCAUUUCUUUCAUGGUGUAUCUCGCUCUUUGCUAGGACACAUUCAUAACAAGGAACAACAACAACAUCAGGAGAAUGGCAAUAAUGGCUAUCGACCUUUUCUAUACAACAUCUCCGUGGAUGCAUGCGAUUUUAUGCGCAAUCGCAAAAGGUAUCCCGUGUUUGCCAUUUACAUGAACGCCAUAAUGCCAUUUUCAAAUGUCAAUCACACAUGUCCAUACAAUCAUGAUAUGAUAGUUAAGGAUAUGGUUAUGAGAGAGGAUAUGCUUGCCCUUGCGCCUCUGCCGGGCGGUGAUUACAUGUUCAAACUGCGUUUAGGUGUCAAAAACGAGUGGAAGAGUGAAAUAGUCUCAUAUUUGACCACAAGUGAUCUUUGGGAAUUUUUUAAGAAGACAAAAUCUAGAAAAAUGUGA